AUGAAGGCCUUAAUCCUGGUCGGCGGCUUUGGGACCCGGCUCCGCCCUCUGACUCUGAGCGUCCCCAAACCUCUGGUGGAUUUCUGCAACAAGCCCAUCCUUCUGCAUCAGGUGGAGGCUCUGGUGAAGGCGGGGGUUAAACAUGUGAUCCUGGCCGUCAGUUACAUGUCAGACAUGCUGGAGAAGGAGAUGAAGGAGCAGGAGAAGAGGCUGGGGAUCCGAAUUUCCAUGUCCCAUGAGAAGGAGCCGCUGGGCACAGCCGGGCCGCUCGCUCUCGCAAGAGACUUACUGACCGAAAACGCGGAGCCUUUCUUUGUGCUGAACAGUGACGUCAUCUGCGACUUCCCCUUCGAAGAGAUGGUUCGUUUCCACCGGCAACACGGGCAGGAGGGGACCAUUGUGGUUACAAAGGUGGAGGAACCCUCGAAGUACGGCGUGGUGGUAUACGAGGGAGAAACGGGCAGUAUCCAGCGAUUUUGUCGAGAAACCGCAAGUCUUCGUAUCCAACAAGAUCAACUCCGGAUUAUAUAUCUUCUGCCCGUCUAUACUGAACCGGAUCCAGCUCCGCCCGACGUCCAUUGAGAAAGAGAUUUUCCCGGCCAUGGCUGAGGAAGGACAAUUAUUUGCAAUGGAGCUACAAGGGUUCUGGAUGGACAUCGGGCAACCCAAAGACUUCCUGACCGGCAUGUGCAUGUACCUGCAGUCUGUGAGACACAAACACCCUGACUGGCUCCACGCCGGGCACGGCUUUGUGGGGAACGUCUUGGUGGAUCCCACUGCCAAGAUCGGGACAAAUUGCUCCAUUGGGCCCAAUGUGACGAUUGGGCCAGGAGUAACGGUGGAAGAUGGAGUGCGGAUAAAGCGUUGUACAAUCAUGAAGGGGUCUCGUAUUCGCUCACACUCCUGGCUGGAGUCUUCUAUAGUGGGGUGGAGCUCAGCUGUUGGACAAUGGGUACGGAUGGAGAACGUGACGGUACUGGGCGAGGACGUUAUUGUGAAUGAUGAGCUUUACCUGAACGGAGCCAAUGUCUUACCCCACAAAUGCAUCGCCGAGUCCGUGCCGGAACCCCGGAUUAUAAUGUAG